CACAUGGCACUCUUUCGUGAUACUGUGGCAUCGAGUCAUCGAGCCAACGAGACGUCCAAGGUAAGUCAUGAGCUCCAGGAACUAACUCAUGGAACUUUCUUCGGGGUUCAAAUACGCUCUUCAAUGUCAACACCUCCUCUCAACGCGUCCCUGCAAAUGUAUACAGUCCAGCAAUACUUCGAAGUCAAGAGCUCAUGAGACGCCAUGUCCAGCGUACAGGCCGCAGACAUACCAGACCCCACCUGGCCCGAGACGUGGCCCAGAACCGCUGACGAAAUCCACGUUUUCGACAUCCAGGGCGACGUGCUUCUAAAGCUCGUCCGUCAUCCAGACGAGCCGGAGUUAGAAUCAGAAUGUUCAAGUGUUGGCGAAGAAGAUAGACCUCAGGUGGAGGAAGUCUUCGACGAAACUCCUCCUGCAAGCGUUGAUGUGCCUGAUGCAGAGGCACCACCCCUUUCAACACCACCACCUCCUCCUCCACCCAACGAAGAACCAGCACCUGCAGUCCAAGAACCAGAUGAGAAUGCCCAACGCGACGAUGUCUCCGUCCACUCCGAUGACUCUGCGAGCUCUGUCGAUAUCCUCACCGACGUACACAUGCGAGUGUCUUCCAAACAUCUCAUCCUCGCAUCUCCCACGUUCCGAAGCAUGCUCGGCCCAAACUUCGAGGAGGGACAAAGACUUCGCAUUGAAGGGAGUACGGACAUUGCAUUGGGCGACGACGACCCGGAUGCUUUUGAGAUCUUGCUAAAUAUUAUACACGGCCUCACGAGGAAGGUUCCCAGAAGUGUAUCGCUGGACAUGUUGACUAAACUUUCGGUUUUGGUUAACUACUACCAGAUGCAUGAGGUGGUUGAGCUCUUCUCUGAUACCUGGAUCGAUAAUUUGGCAAGGGAAGGUCUCCCACUAUCAUAUUGCCCGGAAGCCAUCAGCUGGCUGUUGAUUACAUGGGUCUUCCAUAAGCCGCUGGAGUUCAGAGAGGCGUCAAGGGUCAUUGAAUUAGGCUGCGAUGAGACAUUGGAGGAUGAUUUCGACGAGAGCCUACCAAUUCCACCUCCAGUUCUCGCCGUCAUGCUAGCCCAUCGCGCGGCCGCAAUCGAGGGUGCAAUGCUCAUCGUCCACGACAUCAUCGCGCGCUAUUCCGGCCCCGACAUCCUCUGUCCCGUUGUCUGGGACCAAAAUAACAAGCUCGCCUGCGACUCCCUCCUGCUAGGCUCACUGAUCAAAGGUUCUGCCGCUAUUGGCAUCUACCCAAAGCUCUACGCUCCAUACCACGGCAUAGUAUUCAAAGACCUCGCAGCCCAGAUCCGAGAAAUGAAGGUCUUUGAUGCUUUACAUGAUGUGUGCAAUCAUGGUCUUGGGAGAUACCAGAGUUGCUCUGAUGCUCAUGGGGUGAAAAGCUCUAUUGAAGUUUCGAUGAAUGCGCUGGAGUGUGCUAUGGCUGGACUAAACCUCGAAGAGUUUUUGCCUCAACUUAUGUAGGUAUAGGUGGUGUUGUGUGUCCCCUCCCCCUCCAAGUGAAUGAACCUGGUGAACGUUGUGAUGAAUGCAACGGGGAAGGCCAACUUUGAGCACAAUGCGAGAUACAUUCCUUCCCAUCAUUUCCCUUUGUGAGCGACCAAUUUGUCCAAUAUUUAUUCGAGUAGCUAGAUCGAUAGAUACUAAUAAUUUAUUCAUUCUUUCAAAC